AUGGCGACUAUCUUCCUCAUUCUUUCAGAUACGUACGACGAUGCCUUCCCCGACCCAGCGUCGCUCCCCGGCAAGGUCGACGUCGUACUCCACUACGGGGACCUUACCAUAAUCGGAGUCCUGAGCAACUAUAAGAAAUCCAUCGCCAAUAGCCGCCUAGAUUUGGCGCCUGCAUUUGGCGCAUCGGGCGAAUACAGCCUCUCUACGCCACCUCCGGCUCGCAAGCUCGCCUACGGUGGCUCCGUUCAGCUGAAAGAUGCCAGCGUCAGGUCAGACGACCUAGAGGAGCAGGCCAUGGCCACGGCCGCCCUCGGGGCGGCCGUUGGGGAGCGCGCGGCGCAGGACGAGUGGCAGUGCUGCAGCUGCACCGACGGCAAGACAUCGGCGGCGUGCAACCAGGUUGGCUUCGGCAUGUGCGCCGGCGAGGACUUCUACAGGCUGUGGCUAGGCCACGGCCACGACUUCGACAACUUCUUCGACGCAGGGCGGCGCAUUGGACCACUGCCACCAGCCCUGUACCCAAGGCUCAAGCGGCAGACCAAAGCAUAA